AUGACGAAUUUGGUUUCUCUCUGCAACAUAACUUAUGGGUUUGUGCCUAAAAAUUCAACUGAUUUGUUUGUGACCGAGGUUCACAAGCUUCCCAGCAGAGGAGAUGGGAUCACAAGACUAUCCGUGUUUGAUUCGAAUGCUAAAAGGAUAAGAAACCUUAGAGUUGGACCAAUCUUUUGUAAGAGUUAUGGAGAUGCUGCAGCAAAAAUGUAUCAAGAAGAUGAAAUCCCCAAAGCAAAAUUGAUAUGGAGAGCAAUCAAAUUACCCAUUUACUCUGUCGCUUUAGUUCCUCUUACGGUUGGUGCUUCAGCGGCCUACUUAGAGACGGGUUUGUUUCUAGCUAGACGUUAUGCUAUUCUAAUGCUCUCAUCAAUUCUUAUCAUUACUUGGCUCAACCUAAGCAAUGAUGUUUAUGAUUUUGAUACCGGAGCUGAUAAGAACAAAAAAGAAUCAGUAGUAAAUAUGGUUGGAAGUCGGGCAGGAACCUUAGCCGCUGCAGUUACAUCGCUUGUGCUUGGUGUUGCUGGUCUUGUUUGGACAUCUGUGAAUGCAAGUAAUAUCCGUGCAAUACUAUUACUGGCCUCGGCAAUACUCUGCGGCUAUGUAUACCAGUGUCCGCCAUUUCGGUUAAGUUACCAAGGAUUAGGAGAGCCUCUAUGUUUUGCAGCAUUUGGUCCAUUUGCUACUACUGCUUUUUAUCUACUUCUUGGUAGCUCAAGCGAGAUGAGGCAACUUCCGUUAAGCGGUAUGGUCCUUUCAUCAUCUCUCCUUGUUGGUUUUACCACAUCUCUCAUCCUUUUCUGCAGCCACUUUCAUCAGGUGGAUGGAGAUUUAGCUGUUGGGAAAUAUUCACCUCUGGUUAGGUUAGGGACUGAAAAGGGAUCAUUUGUUGUGAGAUGGGCUAUUCGUUUGCUAUAUUCAAUGCUUCUUGCUCUUGGUUUAACCAGGGUUUUGCCACUACCUUGCACAUUGAUGUGUUUCCUGACAUUACCAGUUGGGAAUUUGGUUUCAAGCUAUGUCGAAAAACACCACAAGGAAAAUGAGAAGAUAUUCAUGGCCAAGUAUUAUUGUGUGAGACUCCAUGCAUUGUUUGGAGCCGCAUUGUCGUUGGGACUCGUUAUGGCUCGCUAGAUUUCACUUACCCAAAAACAUUUGUUUUUUUUUCUCUUUGACCUUGUGUUGUAUUUUUUUUUUAAUUAGUCAAUAUGUUAAUUAUGGUCAUUAUUUAAUUACUCAAAAUUUAUGUGGUUACUUUUGGUAUAGUGUACUUUAAAAGUCACUA